AUGCUCCCCAGCAUCGGAACCUUCCUGCUUUGCGUGGCCGCCGCAGCACUCCUCCUGGUUUCCGUGCCUGCAGUGUGGGCGCUGACUCGUGCGGCGCACCGCGCUGAGCGACUCAUGGCCGCGGUCGAGGCAGAGAUCCCGGACACGACCGCCUCCAUGCGACUUGCCGGACUGGAGCUCACGGACUGCGUGCAGGAGCUAGCUGCGGAAGCGGGCGUGCGUGGCAGCGUCGCAGCAGCCGACUCGGCGCUCCGAAACCAUGUCGUACCGGCGCUGGCAAAGGCGGAACGCGACACACGAGGGGCGGUGGAGGAGCACCUUACCGCAACCGCUAAGCUGUCGUACACUCGACCGUUGGUGGUUCAGGCUGCCGCCUCCGCCGCGGCGGCUGCUCGACGGUUGCGUGGGGGUUUGGGGAUUGUGCGGCUGGCGGGUGUUGCCGUACAGCCCUACGGGCAUCAUGGCUGA